AAACAAUAUGCUUUGAAAAAGAAAAGUGACAACUUCAAUUUUCGAAGACCCAAGGAAGAAAACAAACUGUAAAAAGUCGGUGAAGUAUGGUAUUAGUAGAACAACCCUGUAUAGUACCACAUUCUGUUGAGUGUUAGAGAGAGAGAGAGAAACAAAAGUGAGAGAGUGAGAGAAACAGAGUGAGUGACAGAGAGAGAGACAAGAAGAAAGAAAAGAACAAUCUUUGAAAGAAAAGAGUGGUCUCUGAGUGAAUUUCUGAUCAGGGGAUUUUGGCAAACCGGAAUGGAAAAUCGGAAUAAUGGAGAAACGGGUUUACAACAACUUUCGAGGCUGAUCAUCAACCGGAGAUCUUCUUCUUCUUCCUCAAGAGCAUCCUCUGUUCAUGAUGAUAGGAUGUUGGCAGGUUAUUCAAGUUCAUCAUUACUGUCACCGACCCGAAGACUAAGGAAUGAAGCAGUAGCAGCAACAGUUUCAGUACAUUUUCCCAUGAACACACAGAGACUGGACUUACCCUGCAGCAGUAGCUUCUCCCGCAAGGAAACACCUUCACUCGGACGCAGCAUCUCACUCGACAACAGCUACAACAACAACAAACCGAUUGAGCGCAAGACCGGUGGGUGUUCUCUUAAGCAGAGCAUAAAGCUUCCACCUUUGGCAACAACACGAGGAAACAAACAAGGGUUUUCAUGGAACAACGACAGCAACAACAGAGGGAAGAAGAGUUUGAAGAGAUUGGCGGAGGAGAACAAGGACGAGUCUUGUCUGAGCAGAGUUAAGAAGAGGCAAAGAAGCCAAACCGAUGACGAUAACAACAGGAGUUUCUGGUUUGAGCAGAAAGUUCCAGCAUUACCCUUCUCCUUAACAUGUUCAGGCGAUGAUGAUGAUGAGGAGAAGGUUUGGUUUGCGCCCAGCGAAGUGAUCUCUCAACCUUUACAAAGUAAUCCAAACUGGGCUAACUCGGUGAUAACCGACUUAGCUGGUAUAGGCGGCCACAAAGACAUUGAGGUUAGCCGUGCUUCUGGAUCAUCAACAAGCGCAUCAUCAUCAUCAGACAGACACAGAGUACCUAAACCCACAAAUGGUUCAAUGAACCCAUAUCCACACGGAGUCAACACAGAGGAAAGAACCAUUGAAAACAACAACAAUCACUCGCAGAGGGAUUUGGAGCUUGUCAAUCUCCUUACUGGAUGCUUAGAAGCGAUCAGAACAAGCAACAUAGCAGCCAUCAACCGUUUCAUCGCAAGAACCGGUGCACUAGCUUCUCCUAGAGGAAGCACACCGAUGACUCGACUCAUAUCUUACUACAUAGAAGCUUUAGCUCUAAGAGUCUCACGUAUGUGGCCUCACAUCUUCCACGUCGCGCCGCCUCCUCGAACCCUCGAGGAGGAGGACGACGACCACGACGCGUUGAGGUUCUUGAACCAAGUGACACCAAUACCAAAGUUCAUCCACUACACAGCGAACGAGAUGUUACUCAGAGCGUUCGAAGGUAAAGAGAGAGUCCACGUCAUCGACUUCGGCAUCAAGCAAGGGUUACAAUGGCCAAGCUUCUUCCAAACCCUAGCUUCGAAGCCAAACCCGCCGCGCCACGUGCGGAUCACGGGCGUGGGAGAAUCAAAACACGAGCUCGACGAGACGGGAGACCGUCUCCGCGGGUUCGCGGAGGCGAUGGAUCUCCCGUUCGAGUUCCACCCUGUCAUCGUCGAUAGACUCGAGGACGUCAGGUUAUGGAUGCUUCACGUCAAGGAAGGGGAAGCCGUCGCGGUGAACUGCGUUUCGCAGAUGCACAAGACGCUUCACGACGGAACGGGAGCCGCGUUUAGGAGCUUCGUGGGUUUGGUGAGAAGCACGAACCCGGUCGCUGUCGUUGUUGCGGAACAGGAAGGAGAACACGACUCGGUGCAGCUCGAGGGAAGAGUCUUUAACUCGCUCAAGUACUACUCGGCGGUUUUUGACGUGAUGCACAAGCAUCUCGGUGCGGAUAGCUUGGUGAGAGUCAAGAUCGAGGAGAUGGUGUUUGGGAGAGAGAUCAGGAACAUCGUGGCGUGCGAGGGGAGUCAUCGGCGAGAGAGGCACGUGGGUUUUGGGCAGUGGAGGAGGAUGAUGGAGCAGUUAGGGUUUCGGAGUCUAGGAGUCAGGGAGAGAGAGGUUUUGCAGGGCAGGAUGCUGCUUAGGAUGUAUGGAGAAGGUGAUGAGGGACUCUUCAAUGUGGAGAGGAGCGAUGAAGACGGUGGUGGAGUCACGUUACGGUGGUUGGAACAGCCUCUUUACACUGUCUCGGCUUGGGGAAUCGGAGGAAGUUCUUCGUUUUGAGAUACAAAGAAAGUUUUUUGGCCAAACAAAAAAAGAGAUACAAAGAAAGUUUUUACAUUUUGGGGUUUAGAGAGAAAAGGAUACAUGGUUUUUUUAAUUUAGUAAGAUAGUAGAGAACAAACAAAAAUUGAUUUUAUUCUUUCAUUCUUUUUGCUUGGGUAGGAAUUUGAUUUUUUUUUUUUUUUUGAACACCAGGAAUUUGAUUUUUUUUUUUUAAUAUGGAAACCUGAAGGGUUAGAAGAAAUAUUCUGUACUUUAGUCAGAGAAAAGGAAUAAAUAUUUUGUACUAGUUUCAAUUUUUAAUAUUUUUUAUCAAUAAAAAAGUGAAAUUAUUUUA